CAUGCUGGCUGGUUGGCGCCAAAUGGUGUUGCGGCUGCAUGCAGAGGUGAAGCCGAUUUCGCUGGCAACUGUACAAACCCCGACAACUUUACAGCUGAGCGGCUUUGAGCGGACCCGCUUUCGCAACAUCCACGUUUUGACCUCACAUGCUUUGACUUCACAUACUUCGAGCUAAGGUAAGCUGUCAUGCUACAGUUGCGGCCGCAAUCGAUUUACGGUUUCAGCAUUCUCUUAGUUCUCAGCGCACGGCCAACGCAUGAUAGGUUGCGAAUGGGCGGGGGAUAUAGAGGUGUACGAAGAGGAAGCGCAGGUCAUGGAUACAGUGGCAGCGGGGACCGACAGGACGAGUUGGUUCAAUCGGACUGGUUGGUUGAAGCAUCUUGCUGGACGCAACCGCAAGCACCUGCCAUGCGGCAAGGCUUCCAGGUCGAGAUGAAUCUAAGCUGAGGCAGGUCGAAGUCAUCGUUGAAAGGGCGGUCGAGAAGUGCGUUACAGGGUUGGACACGCAUUCACGCGAGACGCGGCGAUGGCUAAGGAGCGCAAAGGCUUCGGAGAUUGAUCUACGACCGCAGGGGCGGCUACAGAACCAGAGACGCAGGCUCGGUAUGCUGGGUACUGCAUCAAGUCACUUUCACAACAGUGCUGGCCUGCGACAUGAUGACUUUGAGCGAAUGGAACAGAGGUAGCAAAGUGGGCUUAUUAGAGAAGUUCUCAUCUUAUUAUUAGACAAAGUGU